AUGUCCAGCUUCUAUGGCGAAGAGAUUGCUCGUAUCCGAAAGAGUGUUGGCCCUACCGCCCAGCUAAUCGAAGCCGUGUGUGAAAUUAUUAUUCCGGAUGCGUGCCCUUCUAAUGCCCCUCUUCAACUGACUGGGGAUCCCGCGCAGCUCGUCAACAACGGUGCCAUGCGUCUUAAUGAGUGUAAACAGGUCAAGGAGACUCUUGCCCAGCAUUUGGGCAUCUCUCUGACGGUCGUCGACGCAACCGAUCGCUCUGCGACUAACGACACUUCCGCAAACAUUUAG